AUGGCUUGUGUAGUCAAGAUCCUGGAUGAUCCUGUCAGGGACUCAAUCACACAAGUGGACGCAAACACAUGGCUUAUCGGUCCCCUCAAACUCCAUCGAUCAAAGGGAUAUUCCGAUACAUCUACCUGGUACGACCAAGAAGACGAUCUCAGUUACACUGUCACCAACGCACCUAUCGGAUCUCCGCCCCCAACCGUGCCGUUGCCAGCGGAUGAUCCGACAAUCAAAUUGGUGUAUGAUGCUGGGGAUGGCUCUGCUGUCUGGUCUGUAGGAAACAGCGCGUUUUGCAAGGUCAAACUAUCUGAACCGGGUAUAACACCAGAGGCGGCAAUAUUGGCAUUCGUCGAUAGGCUCGUCUGUGAGAAGAAGCCUGGUUUUGAGGUCCCUAAGCUCCUACACCAAACAGAAUACAAAGACCGGUAUUGUCUGUUUCUAAGCAGAGUUCAAGGUCGAACUCUCGGAGAUGCUUGGCCUACCCUAGACGAAAAAUGGAGACAUCACUACGCAAACGCCGUAGUGGAUGUGUGCAAGUUUCUCGCGAGUCAGGAAUGUGAGGAAUUUCGUGGUGUGGACGGGAAGAACGCCCUUGAGCCGUUUCUCGUCAAAUCCGGCGCGGAAGAGGAAUACUCUCCUGAUAAUCUCCGGCAAAUUUGUAUAUCAAUGGGUAUGGACUGCUCAAAAUUUGUGUUCUACCAUGCCGACCUCGGUUCUAGCAACAUCAUAGUGGAGGAUAUCCCAAAAACUGGCACUAUCGGUGUUAUUGAUUGGGAGCUUGCUAGCUAUUUUCCAAGGGGAUGGAUUCGAACCAAGUUUCGACUAAGCAGUGGAAUGAAUCUUGAAGAUUCAGCUACGGACAAGCCAACUGAGUGGAGAUCAAGGGUUAGCGUGUUGCUUGGAGAGAACGGGUUCGAAGACUAUGCAUCGCAAUGGUUGUCCCGGUUUAAUUGCUAG